CACCAGGAAGUCCACGACGUUAACGCUUGCGUGGUGGCAGUGUGCUAGCCGCACACGUUCUAACGUUAGCCACGUCUAUUUACUAUUUAUCUAACGUUUACUGUUAACGCAGGACUGUGACACAAAUUUAAGUCAUCAUGAGCAUAUUAGCCAAAAUAGCAGAGAUUGAAAAUGAGAUGGCCAGGACGCAGAGAAACAAGGCCACCGCUCACCACUUGGGUCUGCUCAAAGCACGUCUAGCCAAGCUAAGGCGGGAGCUCAUCACACCCAAAGGAGGCAGCGGUGGCGGCCCGGGAGAAGGUUUUGAUGUCGCAAAAACCGGCGACGCUCGUAUUGGCUUUGUAGGUUUUCCCUCAGUGGGGAAGUCGACAUUGCUCAGCAACCUGGCGGGGGUCUACUCCGAAGUUGCCGCCUACGAGUUCACCACCCUAACAACAGUACCCGGAGUCAUUCGCUACAAAGGUGCAAAAAUCCAGCUUCUGGAUCUCCCUGGAAUCAUUGAAGGGGCCAAAGAUGGCAAAGGCAGAGGCAGACAAGUUAUAGCCGUGGCUCGAACCUGCAACCUCAUCCUGAUAGUGCUUGACGUGCUGAAGCCUCUCCUGCACAAGAGGCUAAUAGAACACGAGCUGGAGGGCUUUGGCAUCCGACUGAACAAGCAGCCGCCCAACAUCGGCUUCAAGAAGAAGGACAAAGGAGGCAUUAAUUUUACCGCCACUUGUGCGCAAAGCGAGCUAGACGGUGACACGGUGAAGACCAUCCUGUCUGAGUACAAGAUCCACAACGCCGACAUCACCCUCCGCAGCGACUCCACGGCCGAUGACCUCAUCGACGUAGUGGAGGGAAAUCGGGUCUAUAUCCCUUGCAUUUACGUGCUGAACAAAAUCGACCAGAUCUCCAUCGAAGAGCUUGACGUCAUCUACAAGGUGCCGCACUGCGUGCCUAUCUCGGCCCACCAUCGCUGGAACUUCGACGACCUGCUGGAGAAGAUGUGGGACUAUCUGAAGCUCGUGCGCAUCUAUACUAAACCCAAAGGCCAACUCCCCGAUUACACGUCUCCCGUCGUCCUGCCUGACCAGCACACCACCGUCGAGGACUUCUGCUUGAAGAUUCACAAGAACCUUAUCAAGGAAUUGAAAUACGCGCUGGUGUGGGGAUCGUCCGUCAAACACAACCCUCAAAAGGUGGGCAAGGACCACGUGAUGGAAGACGAGGACGUUAUCCAGUUGGUGAAGAAGUAAUAGGGAUUAAACAAAAAAUCAGUGCGGCAUGGCUCGCUAUCACAAAGGCAAACACUUGAGCUUCUGUGUAAUGUGCUCGUCACUCGUUUUAACCCGGAUGACAUGAAUGUACAUGUCACAUGGAAACACCUCAACACCAUGAUUAGUUCAUAUUGAAUAUUGGUUAACGCUUGCAUUGACAUGGAAACAAAAGUAUGAAAUAAUAAAAAAAGAGUCUCACAAC